UUCUUUUUUGACACCAUGUUUUCACACAUUCUGUGUUACAGGCCUCGCCAUUGUUCAGAGAUCAGGGUCAGCCAGUGAGGAUCUUUUGCAGUCUUGGAGAUGGACACCUUUAGCAGUAAGUUACAGCAGAAGGCUCUGCAGCAACCUAAGCAGAAGAAAUCCAAGUCGGCUGAAUUUCUGAUGGGGAGAGAAGAGAGAGCGGCUGUGGUGGGCAUUGGAAACCCAGCCUUCGAUGGAGGAGGAAGCACCGAGCUUUCCGUCUCUCCGCUCUGGCUGGGGAGAGAAAUUCGAGGUGACAGGCCAGAUAGCACCCUUGCAGCUCACCAAAAAAAAAUGGAGCUGCAAGCCCCUGCCAAAGAAAGAGGAAAUAAUCGCGUCCAAAAUUACUUUGACCCAUCGUCAGCGGAGCAGACGGACCCAAGGCAUGGCAGGAUGGCUGGGGUCAGCGCGGAAGAUGAGCUGGAAUUAACGAUACUGAACGCUGAUGAGAACCGGCUUUAUCGGAGGAUCACUGCUCUGCUGGAUGAGGACGAUACCUCCAUAAAUAUACCUGGUACGCUGCAAGCCUCCAGGGAUGAAGAGGUGUUGGAGGUGAAGGCGGGUGAUCCGGUGCUUCAGCGGCGACUGCUGCUCCACGGCGGUGGUGACGCCUCGGGCUCCAGGCCCUCCCAGGCCCACACCGCUGCCAAAACCCAGGCUGGGACUGGAGCUGGGCUGGGAGGAGAGGCUGGACUCGAAGCAGGGAGGAUGGUAAUGGGUGGAGAGAGCGCUGUAAAAAUGAGGACAGCCAAGGAGGCGAUCCCCCACUACGCCCAGCAGCUGAGGGAGCGCGUGCGGCCUGACAUGAUCACGCUUGGCAGCCUUUCACUGCAGCAGCUGAACCAGAGCCCCGCCCCCCAGUCUGUGGAGGUGUCCCUGCGUUGUCUAAGAGCCACAAGAGACAAGCUACCCAGGGGCCUGUACUCUGUCAGUGUGGCCCUGCACAGCCGUCUCGGGGGUCCUGCUGUGGCUUGGUGCUGUAAGAAAGAGCAGCAACAAUGGGCAGUGACCACUGAGCCCGUCGAGCAUCGAGGCCGCUACUUUGACACGGACCUCCAGGUUAACCAGAGUGUGUUCAUGAUCUUACCUGCAGCCUGUGAGGUGGUCCCGUCCAUGGUUCUGGUAUUCCGACUGAUCGCACUGCCAGGACCCGGCAGCCACGUCAGCUCUGUACUGGCAUGGGGGGCGUUUCCUGUUUGUGGACCGAGUCUAAGUCACGUCCAAGGCAGGUUCAAGACUCCUCUACUCAGGGGGGAGCCAAACACACAACUGGACAGGUUUAGAGUAAUUGAAGCCCUCAUGUCCUCAGAUCUAGAUCACUGGCUGUGCAACCUGUACUUUCAGAUAAAGAGGCUACCAUCUGGGGGUCAAGAGCACUGCAUCGCCUUAUCCAUACCCACCUCUAACCCCCACCCAGAGGUCCAGCAUGAUCAAUCCCAAUGCCAUCUUCCACCUCAGCCCCAACCUCUGUCACAAACCCAGCUCCGCCCCCAGUUCAUCCAUCCCCAGUCCCAGUUAAACCCCCAGCAGCUGCACGCGGGCCCCAGCAGCCGAGCAGGAGAGCCUGCUGUGGUACACUCUCACCGGGGGUCUCCUCUCCACCUGUCAGCUGACUCUGCUUGCUCUUCCUCAUCUCUGCCAGGCAAGAAUUCCUCCUCAGGAGCCAUUUCUGGAAACACGGGCGAGAAGAGUGAUCCAUGCCGGGAGAAAGUAGAGGGUGGGAUUCACUACAAGAAGAAGCCAAUCAAGAAGACAAAUAGCUGCGGCCCCAGCAUGAGCGGCAGCAGCGCACCGCCACGGCAGGCAGACAAACAGAAGAUGCAGAACCUCUCCGCGGAGGAGAUGGAGGAGUAUACAUUCUCCCUACAGUAA